GCAGGCUGUGCAAAUACCUGUCCCCGGCAAACACCACUUUCGUGCAAAACAGUCACUGGAAUAACUUCCCAAGUACUUAAAAGCUUUCAUGGAAGCACAGAGACAACCCAUGAUGACAACUGGACUAAAACGUUUGAAGGUGGGGUUAAUAUGGUCUGUGUUGGUUCUGCUCCUUGUUCUUGGGUACGUUACAGUGAUUAACCCCUUCCAGCUGACGCAAUUGGAGUACCAACAUAUGCAAAGACCCAACUCGGGGUUACUGAAGACGACAGACUCAGCCCUGACUGAAACGCGCAUGCGUCGACUUAAAAAGCACCAACUCUCUCAAGCAUAUCUUGCUCGUGUCAAAUUAUAUAACAUUACAGAAAUGUAUCUGGAAAAUGCCUCUAACAACAAAACUCUAUGGCGGGAGAUUGAUGUCAUGAAACAGGCAACCUCCAAAUGUGAUCCAGAAUUUACUAACCCAUGCUGGUGGGAAGAGCAAGUUCCUGAAAACACCUGUCCUUAUGCUAAGAGAGCAUCAAAGAAGUCAUUAAAAUGGAUGGAGCUGAGAAGGGGGAAGACCCUGCGCUGCCUCCCCUACUUCUUCAUCAUAGGACAGGCCAAAUGUGGCACCACGACACUUUUCAAUAGAAUAGUACAACACCCUGACGUCGCACCCCAUGCCGUGAAAGAGACUCAGUGGAUCGGUCGUAUCCGACUACGUCCGUCCUGCUCAUCCAUAGACACGUAUCUGAAUUGUCUACAGACGGGUGCCUCAUUUAUCCAGAGUAAACACAGGCAAGGCGAAGUCAAUCCAUAUGUGAUAGCUGAUGCCACACCGGGAUAUUUCUCUCUCAACGACUUUUGGGACAUGUUGCCAGGCAACGAAGGAUGCACGGAGCCAUGUGUGACAAAUGCUGACGUCACUCACCAUCUGAACCCUCGUGCUAAACUCCUCCUGAUCCUCAGGAACCCAACGACCAGACUCUACUCCUUAUACUUUCAUAAGGGCCGCAUAUUAAGAAGGAAGUCUCUGUCCAAACACGAUUUCCACGACAUGGUUGUCACGGAGAUUGCCAAAUUCCAAAAUUGUCUGACAUCUCAGUCACUCCGAGGGUGCUGCUACAACUAUUCUUUAACGAAUUCUCUCACAGAAGCGCUGGAUAUCCGUCGAGGCAUCUACCACGUGUUCUUGUCCGAUUGGAUGAAACUGUUUCGGAGAGACCAAAUACAUGUGAUUAAGUUUGAAGAUCAUGUGAUCGAUGAAAAAAGGCAUCUGGCUGAAAUCUUCAAAUUUCUUAACUUGAGAAAAUUGUCUGACGAAAGGCUGGAACACAUUGCGAAUGGGAAGAUAUUAAACACAAGAGGGCAUGCAUACGGGAACGAGGAUAUGAUGGACACUACACGUGAACUUAUCGACGAAUUUUAUAAACCAUAUAAUAAGAAACUUUCAAUAUUUAUGGAGGACGAAAAAUGGAAUUGGUAAAAUAUUCACCCGAACUGAUGAUACCGACAUAUUUAUUAACGUUAAUGUUACGGAAUAACCUGUAUAAUGCAUGUAAAUUAAACUGAAACUGUAUUUCUCUAUUACUCUAUUACUCUCACGAACAACUCAAGAAACAAUUGUAAGUGACUGAAACACCUUCUUAUAAAAGGAACAGCAUCAAAACUGAA